UUAAAACGCUGGCGGGAAACGAAUCAUUUCAGUGUUUUAUCUGAAGCGGAAACAAUCGGUUGCGGUGUUUUGACGCCCAAAAUGGUUAGAACGAAAGCCGAUAGCGUUCCUAGUAGUUACAGAAAAGCGGUCGCUGCUUCUGCACCCAGGAAGUCACUUGGCGCCUCCAGUUCAGGGAAUUAUUCUUCCAGCAGCAGCAGCUCUCAAGCCUCCACCCCUGGAAAGAAUAAGUACGUUGGAGGAAACCCCGUCUGUCCGCGUCCGACCCCAAAAUGGCAGAAAGGCAUCGGAGACUUCUUCGGUGGCCCGAGCAGGAAGCCUGAGAAGGAGAAUGUGCAUCCUGUUUCUGAUGGAGAGGAGGCUGGGGGCAGUGGCAUGUCCAAAGCACCCAGGAAGUCCAGACCACUUCCAGAUGAAGAUGAGGAGGAUGAUGAGUAACUCUCCUUGUUCAAUGUAUUGAAACUCCUAUUGGUACACGACCUUCACGAAUUUUUAGUGUAAAUCUUUGUACAUACCUUUUUAAUGUUGCUUUGAUUUUGUACAGAAGUGUAAUAAACUGUCUUUUUCGAGA